UUUGGGUUUCAAUUCUUCUCUUCCAAAACUAAAACGAAGUUUAUGUUUUUUUCUUUUUUUUCUUUUUCCCCUUUCUUUCCUUCAGGUCAGACCUUCUUCAUAAUCAUCAUAUUCAUACAUACACACAAAAACAACAUACAUACAUACAUACAAUCUUCUUCUUCUUCUUCUUCUUCUUCUUCUUCUCCUUCUUCUUCUUCUUCUUCUUCUUCUUCUUCUCCUUCCUCUUCUUCUUCUUCCAUUUACAUAACUUCAUUCUUCUUCUUCUUCAAUUAAUCCCCUUUUUUCCAACUUUCCUCAUCAUCCACUUUACUGAUCUUUCCAUCAUUUUUACUUCCAAUUUCCUACUUCCAACUUCAACCCACAUCCCCAAUUCCCUUUUACGAACAAGGGUUUCUUCUAUUUCUUACUCUCCUUCUGCAAUUCGCGUCCUUUGCCUUUCUUCUUCCAGGCUGCUGUAAAACCCCCACUUUUUUGCUUGGUGCGCGUAUUAUGUAUAUGUGUGUGUGUAUAUAUAAUAUAUUUAUAUAUAUAUAUAUAUUCCUUCAAAUGGUGCGGCGUUUUAGACUUGAUUUGUUCUGAAUGACGUGGAAGUACAAAUUCUGGGGGAUUUUUGUAUUGGUACAAUACCACAAUUCAGCUUCAAUUUUAGUGACUGGGGUUUGGAGCUACAGUUUAUAGUGUAUGAAACCAACCGGCCUCUGGAGAAAUGCAACCUCAGCACAGCUCCAGAAUUGAUUUAGGUGACUUGAAAGCUCAGAUAGUUAAAAAACUUGGAAAUGAUAAGUCCAAGCGGUACUUCUUCUUCUUGAGCAGAUUCUUGGGUCAGAAGAUGAGCAAGGUUGAAUUUGAUAAGGUGUGCGUUCGUGUGCUUGGAAGGGAGAAUAUUCAGCUCCACAAUCAAUUGAUAAGGUCAAUUUUGAAGAAUGCUUGUGUAGCCAAGACCCCACCACCAAUAAAUGCUUCAGGACAUGCACAAUCUGUGUUACAAGCUUCAAACAACUCUCCUUGCAGGGAAGAUGGCCCCGAACAAACUGGAUCUGCCUUUCCAAAUCAGAAUCAGAGUAAACCAAUUUGGCCAAAUGGAGUUCUUCCGGUAUCCCCACGGAAGGGUAGAUCUGGCUUACGUGGAAAGUUUAGGGAUAGGCCAAGUCCGCUUGGUCCAAAUGGAAAAAGCACAUGUCUUUCAUAUCAAUCAACUGGCUCUGAAGAUAGCAGCAGCAAAGUUAUUACAGAGAAUGGUAAUGUAACCUUGUGUGACUAUCAGAGACCAGUACGGUAUCUCCAAUCAGUAGCUGAGCUACCUGAAAAUGACAUAGAUGGUGCAGUUCAACGGCCAUCAGAAAAACCAAGGAUACAUCCAACAGAAGCAGCUAUUCUUGAAGAAGGAGAGGAGGUGGAACAGUCGGAUCCCUUAAGCUUCCUGAGAGGUCCUCUACUUCCACCUCUUGGUAUUCCAUUUUGUUCAGCUAGUGUAGGUGGGGCACGCAAGGCCUUGCCAGUCAGCAGUAGUGGCAGUAGUGAUUUUCUGAGUUGUUAUGACAGUAUUGGAUUGUCUGAUUCAGAGACAGUGAGAAAACGCAUGGAGCAAAUUGCAUCUGCACAAGGACUUGAAGGUGUUUCUAUGGAAUGUCCUAGCAUCUUGAAUAAUACUCUGGAUGUGUACCUGAAGCAAUUGAUAAAGUCUUGUCUUGAGUUGGUGAGAGCAAGGUCUACAUUUGAACAUUCAGGGCACCCUAUCCAGAAGCAACAAAAUCAAGGGAAGGUUUUAAAUGGCAUGUGGCCUACUAACCACCUACGUGUACAGAACAGCAAUGGGCGAUCUGAAGUUUUGCAGGAAAAGAGUUUAGAAUGCUCGGUGUCAUUGCUUGAUUUCAAAGUUGCUAUGGAGCUCAAUCCAAAGCAGCUUGGGGAAGACUGGCCUUUGCUGUUGGAGAAAAUUUCUAUGCGUGCCUUUGAGGAAUAAGCAGUCGCAAAGGUUUUAUUUAUUAUUCUACAGCCAUCCAAGGCUGGUCGUUCUGAUCGUUGGGGGUUUAAAAUUUACCUGGGAUAUCAUCCCGUCCUUACCUUCUUGCUGGGGUAUACUUGAUCGCUCCCAUUUGGUUCAGGCUCCAAGUUUCCAUGCUAAUAUAUUGUAACUUUAUUGCCUGCACCAUUGAGGAAGUUGAAUUAACUCGACUAAGAAAGAGGGAGCUUUCAGCCAGAAUGCCCAUAAAAGGUUGUUCUGUUGCAUUUUUAGCAUUCUUCUUCACCCCAUUUGCCACUACCAUGUAACUUAGCUUUUCGUGUAACUUAUUUUUGAGAGAAUCAAAAAAGUUUUGCAGGGAUACUGUCAUUUAGUUUGGUGAAAGAUGAAUCGCCUGGGUGAGAGCUUCAGGUGCUCUGUAUGUAUCUUUAGAAUCUGAGAAUUUAUUGGAAUUUCAAUAUCAAUAACAAAUUAACAUCCAUUUCAAUGCACUUCGUGGUUUUUUCCCUUGCUCUUCUAUAUGAUUAAUCAAUAUAUUAUGAUUUUGGUCUCAUCUUCAAACUGAAAUUAGUUAUUCUUAAUCCCACCUUCACGAUAUGAAUAAUGUCAGCUGCCCCUCUAGAUAAAUGUUAAUGUGUAUGUGUGGGAAGUUCAAGUCUCAGGAGCAGCACAGCCUGACUUCAAAGUGUCUGCAACCAGAUAUCUUGCUUGCUACUGAACAAAUCAAUGCUCUACGAGUGCCAUGGCCAAUUGGAUGCAGAUAAUUCUUCUUAAAGGUUAACGGCAUGAUUGAAGUUUGAAGUAGACAAGAGGCACAAGGCCAUAAUAACUCAAAAGGUACCUGUUCUUUUUUUGAAAUAGAAAAUUUUUCUUUCCUGCUCAGAUAUUCUACACUUCUAUGUGCUGGUGCUUGGGUUUUGUAAGAUAUGAUUUGAAUCUUGAUUGAAAAAUAUAUUUGCAUUUAAAGUACUAUUAAGCAUUGUACUGAUUGUGGAAAGUUUGACCUGGUGCUGUGUAUCUGUUAUUUUAUCACAAGUGCCUUGCCAUCAUCAUAUUAUUGAUUUGGUUUUCUUCUGAUAGCUUUACCGAUUUCUUCUUAUGAUAUUGCUUGUUUGUCAUAUUAUGAAAUAACAAUUGCCGAGUUCAAUAUGAACUUCAGAAUCUAUAAUGUACAAGGGAAGGAAUUUCAGAAGCAAUCAAGGUGAAGUGGCUAAUUGCACAACAAUAUGACAGUAUCUUUCCUUCUUUACGUAUCAUGUCAAAAGCUGUAUUGACUCUCACCAUUGAAACUUUUUUUUCUCUCUUUUGGGAGAUGUAAAGUUUGUUUAGGGAAAUAAAUUAACUAGGGAUAGGUUGAGAUUUUAAGAUAACAUGUCUGCUAAGAGACAAUUUACUUCGUUACUGAUCAGAAUACAACUUCUGUCAAUACUUUUGAUAAUACACUGUUCAUAUGAUUUUGAUUAAGAAAAAAGAAAUCCUUAAUCUUUCUUUGACUUGGGAGCACUUGGACAUGUUAAGUAUUUAAUUUAAUUAAGUUUCGAGGAGAUGGUUCUCUUAUCUAAUUUAUAUCUUCUUAAUUUAGAAUUUCUACUUUUCUGCUGAAUGAUCCAUGAUUUGGUAUAAUAUGUUGAAAACUUGGUUAUCCUGGACUUAGAAAUGAUCAAACUGCAGUCUUUGUCCUUGCUGUUCAUACUAACAGUGGCAUGCUUGUUUUAAAGGUAUGCAGAAUUCUUUGAAAAUUUUGAAAUUGACCAGCAAUACUAUCCUUGUGCUUUAUCCUGUUUCUUAAUUCCCAUUUAUAUGUGAUGUUCGCUUGUGAUUUUCAGGAUGAUCAUGUGCUUUGUGCAGCGAAUUCUGGUUUCAUUUUACUCACUCAGCUAUGUAGACUUCUGUUUCGUGUAAGUCGAUUGCUGAUAUUAAUGUGCCUUGUUUUGUUUGUGGGCUGGAGGAAGCUUUUACGAUGGUUCUUUGUUUAUAUCGACCUGCAUGCACUCUUUAGCUUAAGACUUUGGUGCCUCAAUGAGAUAUUCAAAUGAGGUAGAAGUCACACUACCAAAGCACUUAAAAGAAAAAAAGAACGCUUUCUCUCAGGAUUCAGCAACUGAUUAAACCAUUGACCUUUGAAAUGAUAAUUGGUGUCUAUAUCUACCUUAAGCUAUGCACAUGGUAAAAUAUUGUCUUGGUUAUUAAUGUGCUUCAAAUUGUAUAGGCUUGGUACAUGCUCCAAGUGUUCUGUUUCUGUAAUCAGGUGUAAAUCAAUGCCCGUGUAGGAGAUGGAGAUCGUUCUGUUCAUUAUCCAAAAUGUGCGUAAUUUGCGAGAUUAUAAUGUAUUGGAUUGGCAGGAGCCCCUAUGUAAUGAGCUUGUUCUGAUGGGUUCACUUUUUUCUGCA